AGCAAGCAAAGUCGCCGUCGCUUCGACAUUUUCGCAUCAGUCGUCCUCCACGCGUACUCCCCUCAGCAACCGCUUCUCCUCGAUCAGCCAACGAGCUUUUUCUUCCACUCCAAUCUCCCAAUUUUCACCUACAUCCACAAUGUCUCACAACGUAGAGAAGAUUACUGACGCCAAGGUCUUCGAGGAGAAGGUCCAAAAGGCCUCGGGCCCAGUCAUUGUCGACUGCUCCGCGACCUGGUGUGGUCCUUGCAAGGCUAUUUCUCCCGUCUUCCAGCGCUUCAGCACCCAGGACGAUUUCAAGAACGCCAAGUUUUACGAGAUCGACGUUGACGAGCUCUCUGAAGUUGCUGCUGAGCUCGGUGUCCGUGCUAUGCCCACUUUCAUGUUCUUCAAGGAUGGCCAGAAGGUUAACGAAGUUGUUGGUGCCAACCCUCCGGCCCUUGAGGCUGCUAUCAGAGCGCACGUUGCUUAGGCCCAAUUUUUUGACGAGGUCUUGGUUGUUAAUACAUUAAUCAUGAAGGAAAUUUGAUAGAAUUUCUCCUUGGUCUGUACGGACUCGCCAUCUGAAGACGACGAAAGUCGAGCAGAAUGAUUCAUAAC